AUGCGACGCCUCAUUAAGUGCAUAGCCGCAGCGCGUCUGAAAAAUUUGCCACAUUUCCGUAUGGCGAUGCGUGCGUCCAGCAGCGUGGCGGUUGGGGAGGGAGGGGAUGUGGGGAAGAUCGCGCAGGAGCGGCUGUACCGUAUCAUAGGGGCACGAAUGUCUAUCUCCCCUGCCAUCGCCCGUUUUGUGGUGGAGCAGACAAAAAAGGGCUCUACCGUUCCGUUUCUGGCGCGUUACCGCCGAGACGAAACUGGACACCUUGAUGAGAAGGCUCUUCGCCAACUCAUUGACAUGGCGGAGGAACUGCAGGAGGUACAACGGCGCCGCGCAUUUAUGCUGAAGAGUCUUAAAAGCCGCGGUCUUCUCACAGAUGAGCUUCGAGAGGCAUUUGAUAAACUGUUGCAUCUGAAUCAGUUGGAGGAUGCAUGGGAACCCUUUAAGGAGAAGAAGACAAGCUUGUCCUACAGGGGCCGGGAGGCUGGGUUGGAACCUCUCGCGAAGAAGCUGCUUUACACUUCGGAGCCGUUGACAGAUGUGUCAGAGAAAUUACGCUCUGUUAAAGACGGUGCCAAACUCUUUCAGGCUAUUAUUGUGGAGGAAGUGCAGCGCUGCGACGAAGUGCGACAACUCAUGCUGGCCGAGUGUCGACAGAGCGGUGUGAUCAGCAGUUCACUCGCGGCAGCCCCCAGGAAAAAAAACGCCAAGGAAAUUGGCACCGAUGCCUUUGAGACGCUUAAAAAAAAAUUUGCUGCUUACGAAAAUCGCCGAUGGUCUGUGCAACGUAUCAGUGCUCAUAACGUCUUGGCAUUGCAACGUGGUGAGAGUAAGGGAGUGCUUCUAGUAAAGAUGAUUCCCCACAGUCGAAGCAAAUAUACUUUUUUCUCAUGGGCUCGAAGAAAGUUUGUUGGGUUUCAGCGGCGGGAAGACCCCAAAGCUACUCGUCUACUAAAUCAAUGUCUUGAGGCUGCAUAUGAAAACAUAAUGAAGGCCACACACAACAUCAUUCGACGUGACUUAAAAAAAAGUGCUGAAAAAGAAGCCAUUACCGUAUUUGCACACAGUCUUCGUCAUAUUCUUAUGCAGUGCCCUAUGCGUAACGCGAGAAUUUUGGCGAUGGAUCCAGGUGUCACUAAAGGUGUUAAGUGUGUCGCUUUGGAUGAGAAUGGUGGAGUGUUGACUCGUUUCAAGUGCAUUAUUAUGGAUAAAGCCAAUAUGAGGGAUUACAUCAGUGGUUGUGUCGAUAAAUUAAAACUCAAUAAAAUUGUUAUAGGCAAUGGGACCGCUUCGCGAGAAGUGGCGGACAUUGUUGCUGAUACUAUUGAAGAGAGGGGAUUAAGUGUGGAGUAUGCUAUUGUAAGUGAGGCAGGGGCAAGUGUUUAUUCUGUAUCCGAUGUUGCGAGAGAGGAGUUUCCGACGCUUGAUCCAAUGUACCGUGGGGCGGUAAGUAUUGGUCGCCGGGUGAUUGAUCCACUGAGCGAACUCGUUAAAAUUCCCGUGCGUUCUAUGGGUAUUGGCAUGUAUCAACAUGACAUUAGCGAAAUGGAACUUUUGCGUGCCUUGAAUCGUGUGGUUGAAUCGUGUGUGACCUGCGUAGGUGUGAACGCCUUAAUUAGCAACCGUUACGUGAUGGAAAAGAUUCCAGGCGUUACCAAGUCCAUUGUGGAUCAAAUUGUCCUUGCACGGUAUGCGAAAAAACUGAAGAGCCGUGAGGAUUUGCGCCGGGUUCCAGGCAUGACGGAGGUGACGUAUCAACAAGUCGCAGGGUUUUUCCGAUUCCCAAACUCCACGAACCCACUGGACAAUACUAACAUUCACCCCGAGUCGUAUAGCACCGUGCAGAAGUUGCUGGAACUUUACGAGGGGAAAGAAAGAAGGGAGGUCGGUAACAUUCUUCUUAAUCUGAGGGAUGCGGAACUCAGGGAUGUGGCAAGUAGGAUUGGAUGUGGCGAGGCGACGCUGGAACUUGUGGCUCGGGAAUUGGCGUCACCAGCUCUUGAUCCACGCUCGGAGUUACCUCACGCAGGAAUUUUUCGUCGUUUUCCACCGAAAUUGGCCGAUCUUAAGCCCGGCGAUAUGUUGAGAGGGAUUGUGCAGAGCGUGACAACAUUUGGCGCCUUUGUGGAUGUCGGUCUUCACGAUAAUGUCCUUGUGCGAGGUGUAAACAUUGACACGGUGCAUACAGGUGACCUGUUGGAUGAUUUGCGCUUUGAGGGUGUUGACCAGCUUGGCAGGGUUAGGCUUCGGUACGACGGGGUUCUGCAUGCGCGUGGAGACGCCGCUGCGCAGUCCCACCGUCGAGGCCUGACUCUGGAGUCAGAGGAAUUCCUUUCUUUAGGGCGUCUGAUAACACCGGAGGCACAACCGACGUUAAGUGAUAGCCUUGCCGUGGUGCGUGAAGAGCGCCAGCAAAUAUUUGCUUCUUCUUUGUCUUUGCAAGGGCCGCACGAGUCUGCGAGAGUUGCCGCCACCGUGACAAACGGAAGUGGUAAUGUCGUUAAGCCGCUCAAGAGACCUCGCACUGAAGGUGGCGUGCACACGGCUGCUGCUGGCCAAACAACGAUGACGGCAGCGACGGCAGUUGCAGCAGCAACAAAAACAACAAAAACAAAAACAACACCAUCAUCAUCAUUAACGGAUAAGGCAGAGGUAGCGGCAAAAUCCCCGCGUUCGAAGAAAAGGCGGGCUGGAGGGAAAAGGCGUGCUACGCCCUCUUUGCUUUCAGAGGAGCACGAGAAUGACGAAACGAAGCAAAUUGUUGGUGACACCCUGCGGUGGUGGCGGCCGGAGGAAGAGACUGAGAAAAGUGGGCUGACUACGGGGGGCGUAGGGGCUGUCAAGGAAAGAACUCCCGGUGUGAAGAGGCCGAGAACAGAGACGCUGGGCCCACAAAAAGUUUUACAGCCACCAACUUCCACUUCUACAAAGGAAAGUGAGGAGAGCGAACCCCUAUUCUUCUUUUAG